GUGGCUGGUGUGUUCGCGUGGGACGUGUAUGACUGACAAUUAGCAUCCGAUCGGGACCGUCCAUCGCGUGAACGGGCGGCUCUCGGCCCGUAACCGAUGCAACGCCCGAUCCGACGAGCAGUGGAUAACGCUUCCGGCACUCCGUCGUCUUCCUCCCACCCCGAAAAACCCACACAGAGAUCCGGCCACGCGCCACCGCGAUGCUCGCCACCACGCGCCUCCCUCCUCCGCCCGCCGCCGCCGCCGCCGCCGCCGCCACCCCAACCCCUCCCGCGCGCGGCGGCGGAGGCGGAGGCGUGGAGUUCCGCCGCAAGCUCUACUUCCUCUCUUCGGAGCUCCACCUCGACCCGUUCCCUCUCCUCGCCCUCCACCCGCCGCUCCGCGCCGCGCCGCUGCCGCAGCUCCGCGCCUCCCUCGCCCUCCUCCUCUCGCACGGCCUCUCCGCGGGCGACGCCGCCCGCGUCUUCUCGGCGUUCCCGUCGCUGCUCACCUCCCCUCCCGGCGAGCACCUCCGGUUCCUCUCCGCCGACGCGCCGCUGCCGCCCCCGCUCCUCCGCGCCGCGGUCGUCCGGUCCCCGCGCCUCCUCGCCGCGUCCGUCCCGGGGACGCUCCGCCCGGCGCUCCGCUUCCUCCGCCGCCGCGUGGCGCUCCGCAGGAGGCCCCUCCCGCUCGCCGCCGCGCUGCUCCUCGCCUUCUCCGUCGACCGAACCCUCCUCCCCAAGCUCCUCUUCCUCCGCGACGCCACGGGGAUGCCCGACCCUGCCGUCUGCGCCAUCCUCAGGCGCGCCCCGGCCAUCCUCUCCUACGGGAUCCAGACCAACCUCACGCCCAAGCUCCGGUUCCUCGCCGACCGCAUGGGGAGGGACCCCGCCGUCGAGCUCGCCGAGUUCCCGCACUACUUCGCCUUCAGCUUGGAGGGGAGAAUCAGGCCGAGGCAUGAGGCAUUGAAGGAGAGGAGAGUUCAGAUGUCGCUCAAGGACAUGUUGACAAUUAGCGAUGAUGAGUUCAGAGAGCGGCUGGUUGACGCGGCUCUCUCGGCUCCUAGGUAGAGGAUUUGCAGUUGGAAGCAUGAUAUGCAUGGACAGAGAGGGCUGGGUACAGGAAUAGCAGUGCUGGAGUUUGUGUUUGAUGAAGAAGAUUACUUUCCGGUGGGAAUGGGAUGAAUGGCGUCACCAACAAUUCGAAGAAUAAAAUUGAGCAUAAGGCCUAAAUUCAAGGAAGAGGAUGUGCGCUAAGUUGGAAGCAUGAUAUGCAUGGACAGAAAGGUAGCUGCACUAGUAUGGAUACAUGAAUGGCAGUGCUUAUGUUCGUGCGUGAUGAAGCUUAUUUUUCCGGUGUUAUGAAUGGCAUCAGCUACAAUGCGAAGAAUAAAAUGGCUUUCUGUUGUUACUUUGGGUUCAGCAUAAGGCCUUGCAUUAGGCAGAGAUAUAUGAAGUUCACAAGGAGAGGGGCAUUGAGAUUAGUAAACAACCUCAAUGAAUGUUCAUUGGGUAUUGCAUAAGCAUCAUUCCAGGAAGCAAAAAAAUGAGUGAUAAGAAAAAGGAUCCUGCUGCUAAGCUCAUGAUUGGUUUACAGGUCAUCUCAUAGCCUUUGUAAAAAAAAUCGCUGGGGCAUGAGCUGUUUGAGGAGAGGCAAUUUUGGGAUUGAUUGAUGGUGAAGCUGCGGGUCUCCGUAAGGUUAGCUGCAUGGUAGCUGGCCACAAUAGUUAUAUUGACAGCACGUUGGAUUGCUUUUUUAGAUGCAGAUGCUUCAUGGAGUGCCAUGAAUUUUAUCAUUGGCUCAGUGAAUGCACUAAUUGACUUUGCUACUGUUUUGAGAUCAUGAAGGAUUUUAUGCGAUCAUGUGAAAGACUUGUUUUCUUAUUCACCUUUUGGACAGUUGGAAAAAUCUGAAUGAGGAAGAUCUGAUUAUGUUUGUUAAACAGUCAGCUCUUUUCAGAUCAGAUUAGCCACCCUUUGCAAGUCAAGAACCAAUAAUGAUACCAAUGCUUUGUUCUGGGGUUAUGAAUUUUUCUUCGUUGGGGGUAAUUUUGUGUGUGUUUAGCUUGUUUAUAACUUGUUAAGAGGACUAUGAUGCUCGAGAUAACCAGUUCCGUGGGGACAUUUGCCCUUGGGACUGUUUAUGAGGUUUGUAUUCAGCCUCUUCUCUUCCGGAUCAAGCCACGUAAGUGUGCUACUAGCAGUUGAUACACCUGACUGGAUCCCAGAAUUUUUCCAGCUAGCACAAAAGAGUUUGAUCUAGCAUUUAGAACAAGCUGUGAUGAAGAUUAUGAUUUGUACCUGUAUAUAUUCAUCCAUAUUUACAACAGUAUGGGACAGUGCCUACUCUUAUAUGUUACAUGUUAAAGCCUCCUAGAAAAGAAGUUAAGAAUCCAUCAUCAAUGGUGGCAGUCAGCAGCAUCAUAAAGUUCUGGCUAGCAAGAUUCCACUCCUUUUAUGCCCCUUGUGACAUCAGUGAGUGUCCUGGUAGCCAAAAGAUAAACAAGAUGCUCAAGGCAUGGGGAUUCUUUUCACAUCAGUUAGUUGCAGCACGUUGCUUGAUUUGUCCUUAGGAGUUUCUCCCACAUGCAUAGCAUGUGCCUUGGUUCUUGGUAGUGAGCAACGAUGCACCCAUCAUUGCAGCCAUCACUGUUAAUUCUUUCAUCUGUUUUGUAUUGGACAGGUAGAGAUUUGUGAAUUUGAUUGCACAGAACUGAUUGUUGUGCAGACAUUACCUCUGGGCUUAUGUACCAUUUGCUCUCAGGAUUUCUGUGAGGACCUGAGUCAGAAUUGAUACGACCAUAAAGUAGGCCGUGACUGACAUUCAGUUGUUUUACUGAGGAGUGUAUCUCGUCCACACGGACAAAAGCAUCAUCGUCUGUUUUCAUCAGAUAUUUCGCUGAUACAGCACCAGUCUGUUCAGGGGAAAACCACUGCUAAGUGCUAAGCAAAGACAAACAAGAAAUGGAAGGGAAUGAAUUAGAGGUAGAACAUGAAACUUUACCCCGUAGAUGCAUAUUGCCAGUGUCUUCCAUGUUAUCAGACUGUAGUAAUCAACAAAGGGCAGCACUUGAAUGUCGCCAUAUGUGCGUGCUUCAUUCCAGAGUUCCUUGUUUACAAUGAGGCCAACGAAAAAACGGACCACUACUGCUCCUUCGCGCACCGCAUCAUAUUGCAUCCAUGUCCGUCGGAUCGCCAUCCUUCGUUUGAAGUUGUUUGCUGUUGAAAAGAUACCAAUCAAAAGGUCCACAUCUUUUCCCUCUGGAAUAGGUGACGACUUCAACAUUGCAAGAUCGAAGCUGUUCUCCAGGUCUUCUGAUGUGGGCAGGCCACUUGCAAUUGCACUUACUAGCUUGAAAUCACCAGAUACUCCUACUUCAGUAACGAACCAUGCUUCCAAGCCCUACAAACAGAAGCAUCUAUAUGGUAAGGAGUCAAAUAAUUGAGUUGAGUAAAUGUCGGACUUAUCAUGGUCCAGAUAGAAGGUUACCGCUUUAUAUGGAAAUGAGGUAACAUGUUUUCCAUCAACUGUCAUGUGAAUCCCUUCUAGCCCUAUCCGAAGAGUUGAGAUAGCAAGGUGUCCCUGCUUAAAUGGAAAAUAUGUGCUUGGGUGUUCAUCUUUCUUGGCAUUCAGGUGCUGUUUUGAGUUUAUAGCUCUCUUCUCUUCUCUACCCACCAUGGAAUUACAUCGCUCCAAAUCAUCCACUGUGAUAUAUGUUAGAUGACUAGUGUAACGGGGCAAAGAAGAAACAAUAAAGACGCAAUUUGGAAGUACCUUGAGUUGCAUUAUUACAGUUACUGCAGGGACAUCUAUCCUCAUAACCCCAGCCAUUACUUGCAGUGAAGGCAUUCUGCACUAUGACUGGACCUCCAGUAAGUUCAUCACUUGUUAGACGAACAUCAUAGUGCAGUACGAUGGGUUUCCCAGAUCCCCCUGGCAAUUCUGUCCCAACAAGAUCAAUCCUGAAGUUACCGGAGAGGCUACCUGGAGUGCCUAUAAUAGUUACUGAAGAACCUACAAUCAGCCCACAAGGUAUAUCGAUGGUAAAAUCUCCAGUGUCUGGCUUGGAGGCAUUCAUUCUGUGGAUAGAAUAUGGACACUGCCUCUCUUUCUUAAUCUGUUUAGAGGUUGAAUUGUGAACUGAUAUCGUCAGGUUUUCCCAUGCAGUUCUUGCAUUGUCUAUAGCCUCAUUUGCGUGAGGAAGGCCAUCGGAGAUGUUGGUCAACUGCUUCAUGUGAUUCCAUGUAUUUAACCACUGAAAUCCUUCAAGAGAGGAAUUUCCGGAAUCCGAGCUGUUUGAAGCUGAAGCAUCUGCUGGUAUCACUUCUACUGGUGUAUUAUCUGGAUUUUGAGCCACUGAAUUUCCCAAUGAGUCGCUCAACCAACCAAGGAGAUUAGAAUGUAUGACUUGGUAUCGAGAUGGCCCUGACACUGGGCUAUUCACUAUCAGAUGAUGCACAAUCAGCAGAGGGAAGAGGACGAUUAGAACCGUAAUUCCGAGUCGCUUUGUCACCCACAUCUGCAGUGCCGUUUCCAUCAGUUAUCGUGGCAAUCACCUGAGUUCAAUGAAAAUGCAGCCCCUGAGUCUUCAAUCCAAGCUUCUGGUCAAGGUCCAGCAUUUCACCUGCCAAUGCAAUUGAUGUUACUGCUUCUUAGGAGUACUACAAUUUGUGCAUUUCCAAUCAGACAUAUUUUGAUGGACUUUCAGUCAAAGUUCAGGGAGGUAUGUGGACUUUUUUCCUUUUGAUAAAUAUGCUAAAGUUGAUGACAUGUCAUCACAUGUUAAGACCAGCAGCAACAAAGGAAAUGAUCAUUCAAGAAACUGAGAUCUCACAAGAAGAGCACAUAGACUGGGAGCAGUUUUGGUUGACUGGAAAGGGUAGCUGCUACCGCUCUUUCUGUGCACGAAAAUGACUGUCAAAUCCGACGGCCUUGUGCCCAAUUUUCGUAUCUGUACUACAACCACUACCUGGAGUACAACCAGGUGAUACGAAAAUGCAGCCGGAAUUGGCAAGCAUACCAUGCACCGUAGCGGACCAGGCACCCUCAGCCGAAGUCAAGUCCUGCACAUGCCUCACGCAGUCUUUGAACGUUGUGGCAUUCUGGCUUGCUUAGCAAAUUUUCAACCAAGAAAUGGAUACUCGUAACAAAAUUGGAAGAGAAAACCAUGAAUGUUCGCUUAUAUUCUAUUGAAUUUCUGGAAGUAGAGAAAUCGAAGAAUUUUCUAACA